CGCAGGAAGGGGCGGGGCCAGGCCGGUUACGCGCCUAGAAGGCUAGUGUACGAGGUUGGUUCAAGAUGGCAGCGAGUGUGUUCCGGGCUUCUCUGCGGGGCUGGAGAACCGGCGUCCUACCUGGCUGCAGGGCACGGCGGCUGAGCCAGACUCAGGGGCCUCCCAAUUACCCCAGCUUCGUGGAGUCUGUGGACGAAUACAAGUUUGUGGAGCGCCUGUUACCCCCUACCAGCAUCCCAAAGCCCCCAAAGCAUGAACAUUAUCCUACUCCUAGUGGCUGGCAGCCCCCCAGAGGUACCCCACCCGACCUGCCCUACUUUGUGCGGCGCUCUCGGAUGCACAACAUCCCUGUCUACAAGGACAUCACACAUGGCAACCGCCAGAUGACUGUGAUCCGGAAGGUUGAGGGGGACAUUUGGGCCCUGCAAAAGGAUGUGGAAGAUUUUCUGAGCCCACUGCUGGGGAAGGCACCUAUCACCCAGGUCAAUGAGGUGACAGGUACCCUGCGGGUCAAGGGCUACUUUGACCAGCAGCUCAAAGCCUGGCUCCUAGAGAAGGGCUUCUGAGGCCCAGCUGAGCAGCCUGCAUGACAGCGUCCCCCACAGACUGGAUUCCAGGGGAUCUCGAGGGAGAUUGGUGUUGGAGCAACCAGGAUCGGGGUACAGAAACUAGGGCUGAGAGCUUGGGCAGGGUAGAGGGCUGACGGGCUUCAGAGCAGGCUUGUUUGCAUAAAGGGGGAAAUGGGACCCUCUACACAGGUGCCAGCUCUGGGAGAAGGCUAGCUAACCAGAAACAGCUGAGCUAGUGGGCGUCAUUAGCUGUACCCCCUUGCCCCCGACUUUGAUCUGUUCCUGCUUUCCCUUCAUUGGAGCUCCUUGGGCUCACUUAUUCAAAUUCUGGAGGUUGUUAACUGCCCCUCUGGUGGAAGCAAUAGCUCAGCCACUUCAGGGGAGCAUAGCACAGGACAGGGCAUACUCCAGCCUUGGCCCUCAGAUCU